UCUGUACUCCAAGAAAUAAAGAAAUGAAAAUUUAGAAAGGAAUUUGCUGAAUAAAGAAGAUGGGAGCAAAUAGCAGCAGCAUCAGCGAGCUUCCAGAAAAUGAGUACUUAAAAAAAUUAUCAGGAGCAGAGCCCAUCUCUGAGAAUGACCCGUUCUGGAAUCAGCUGCUGUCUUUUAGCUUUACCACUCCAACAAACAGUGCUGACUUAAAGCUCUUGGAAGAAGCCACAAUUUCAAUCUGCAAGUCUUUAGUUGAGAAGAAUCCUCGAACAGGAAACCUUGGGUCAUUGAUUAAAGUCUUUCUUUCCAGAACCAAAGAGUUAAAAAUUUCAGCAGAAUGUCAGAAUCACCUCUUUAUUUGGCAGGCUCACAAUGCACUGUUUAUUAUUUGCUGUUUGCUGAAAGUAUUCAUCAGUCGAAUGUCAGAAGAGGAGCUGCAACUUCAUUUUACUUACGAAGAGAAAGCACCGGGCUCAUAUGGAACAGAGUGUGAAGACCUCAUAGAAGAGUUGCUGUGUUGCCUCAUCCAGCUCAUUGUUGAAAUUCCCCUCUUAGAUAUUACAUACAGCAUUUCCUUGGAAGCUGUGACGACUCUCAUCGUCUUCCUCUCCUGCCAAUUAUUCCAUAAAGAAAUUCUACGAGAGAGCAUCAUUCACAAAUACCUGAUGCAUGGGCGAUGUCUCCCAUAUACCAGCAGACUUGUGAAAACUUUACUAUAUAAUUUCAUUAGACAAGAAAGAAGGCCUCCUCCAGGGACCCAUGUCUUUCAGCAGCAAACAGAUGGAGGAGGACUGCUUUACGGGAUCGCAUCUGGGGUGGCAACUGGCCUGUGGACAGUCUUCACACUAGGUGGGGUGGGGAGUAAACCAACGCCGCAGCUCGAGCAGUGCUCCCCGCUAGCUAACCAGAGUCUGCUGCUUCUGCUGGUCCUGGCUAAUCUGACCAAUGCUCCAGAUACGCCGAAUCCCUACAGGCAAGCUAUUAUGUCCUUCAAGAACACACAAGAUAGCACUGCUUUUUCGUCGUCACAUCCACACGCUUUCCAGAUUAAUUUUAACAGUUUAUACACAGCUUUGUGUGAGCAGCAGAAAUCUGAUCAAGCAACUCUUCUUUUAUACAUGCUUCUGCAUCAAAACAGCAACGUACGGACGUAUGUGUUGGCACGAACGGACAUAGAAAAUCUUGUUCUGCCAAUUCUUGAAAUUCUGUAUCACGUUGAAGAAAGGAAUUCACACCACGUUUACAUGGCUCUUAUCAUUUUGCUGAUCCUUACAGAGGAUGAUGGCUUCAACCGAUCCAUUCAUGAAGUGAUAUUGAAAAAUAUCACUUGGUAUGCUGAGCGUGUCUUAACAGAGAUCUCACUUGGGAGUCUCCUGAUACUAGUCGUGAUAAGAACCAUCCAGUACAACAUGACACGGACAAGGGACAAAUACCUUCAUACAAAUUGUCUGGCAGCCUUAGCAAAUAUGUCAGCACAGUUCCGCUCACUUCAUCAGUAUGCUGCUCAGAGGAUCAUCAGUUUAUUUUCUUUGUUGUCUAAAAAACACAACAAAGUGCUGGAGCAAGCCACGCAGUCCUUAAGAGGUUCCCUCGGUUCAAAUGACUCUCCGCUUCCUGAUUAUGCGCAAGAUCUGAAUGUGAUCGAGGAAGUGAUCCGAAUGAUGCUGGAGAUCAUCAACUCCUGCCUGACAAAUUCUCUUCAUCACAACCCAAACUUGGUGUACGCGCUGCUUUACAAGCGGGAUCUGUUUGAGCAGUUUCGAACUCACCCCUCCUUCCAGGACAUAAUGCAAAAUAUAGAUCUGGUGAUCAGCUUUUUCAGCUCCCGAUUAGAGCAAGCUGGAGCUGAGCUGUCAGUGGAGCGAGUUCUGGAAAUCAUCAAGCAAGGAGCUGUUGCUUUGCCCAAAGACAGGCUAAGAAAGUUCCCCGAGCUGAAGUUCAAGUACGUGGAGGAGGAGCAGCCCGAGGAGUUCUUCAUCCCCUACGUGUGGUCCUUGGUUUACAACUCUGCCGUGGCCCUGUACUGGAACCCACAUGACAUCCAGCUCUUCACUAUGGACUCUGGCUGAAGGAGAUGCCCCAGCCAAGCCAACUCAACUCUGUCUUACAGAAAACGAAACUCCGCACCGCGUGUUAAUACGUGACCCCUUCCAGCGUGCACCCUCUGACCCCAAAGCUUACGGAGAAUGAAGCUUGCCGCUAGUGUACAGUCCAACGUCGAUGUUUUGGAAGCAGAUUGCCACCGACACGCUGGCAACAGACUGUGGUGUGAGGAACUGACGGCUUGUAGGCAACCUUGUAUUUAUAGUCCCAUAACCUAGAGCUUGUUUGAUGAAAAUGAGGCCUUACACAUGGGGUAUGAUGUUACUACCAACCACAAACCUGAUUGUUCUUUUAACUUAACGGGGUAAAUGAGGAAAGAGAUUGCGGACUUUGAUUUGAAAGCGGCAUUUGUAUUUUCUUUCAAGCGAGGCAGCUUCGUUGGGUCAAGCUUUUUCUGUGGUCUGUUGGAUUCUGCCGUGGGUUGCUCGUUACCUAAUCCCGUGCUUUCACUCACAGCCCUUCAUUUUGGUGGCACUGUCAGGGCUGCAGUCGUUAAAUUGGUGUCUACAUUGUCAUCCGAGUGAACUAAGCCAGCAGCAUAUUAGUCAGAUUAGCUCCCAGGCAGAUUCAAAACACUUGAUUUAGAUGUCAAAAUGUUUGUGGGAGGAUUUUCAAUAGCGAGUCUUUUUUUUGUUGUUGUUGUUUGGCUGGCAAAUACUCUAUAGAGGGCUAGAAACACCAGCUUUCAGAGUCAGGUCCCUUACAGACUUGUUUUACUGUGCUUCUGUGCAAAAGGUGUUCCUGGAAAUUGAACACGGGGGGGGGGGGGAAAAAUC